GGAACCCGGAUGCAAGCACAGCCUGGGAAGGUGGCUGCAACUCUCAGUGCUCAAAUCACUGAGUAACAGAAAGCAGAGCAGACAGCAGGUUUAACCAGAACAAUAUACAUUCUGUGAGAUGGAGGAGCUUUUGCUGUUACCAGGGGAAUCCGUCAAAGACAUAGCUAAAGAUUUUACUUACAUAUGUCCUUUCACCGGAGCUAUUCAUGGAAGUUUAACAGUUACAAACUACAGAUUAUAUUUCAAAAGUUUGGAAAGGGAUCGUCAUUUAAUUCUGGAUGCCCCACUGGGCAUUGUCACUAGAAUAGAAAGAAUUGGAGGAGCAUCCACCCAUGGGGAAAAUUCACAUGGCUUAGAAAUUGUGUGCAAGGAUAUGCGUAAUAUACGAUUUACCUACAAACAAGAUGCACGUACUCGUAAAUCUAUAGUGGAAAAUCUCGUCAAGUAUGCCUUCCCGCUAAAUCACAACGUGCCUGUUUUUGCUUUUGAAUACAAAGAGAUAUUCCCUGAAAAUGGCUGGAAGGUGUAUGAUCCCAUUUUAGAAUAUAGGCGACAGGGAAUUCCUAAUGAAAGUUGGAGAAUUACGAGGAUAAAUGACCGCUAUGAGCUGUGUGACACUUAUCCAUCAUGUCUGGUUGUUCCAGUAAAUAUUUCCGAUGAGGAAUUAAGAAAAGUAGCAGCUUUCAGGGCCAAAGAUCGAAUACCAGCUUUAUCAUGGAUUCAUCCAGAAAGUCAAGCUACUAUAAUACGAUGCAGUCAACCUAUGGUUGGGGUCAAUGGAAAGCGAUGCAAAGAGGAUGAAAAGUACUUGCAGUCUAUCAUGGAUGCCAACGCUCAGUCCCACAAGAUUUUUAUAUUUGAUGCAAGGCCCAGUGUUACUGCUGUUGCUAAUAAGUGUAAGGGUGGGGGCUGUGAAAGUGAAGAUGCUUAUCAGAAUGCCGAAGUAGUCUUCCUGGACAUCCAUAAUAUUCAUGUUAUGAGGGAAUGUAUGAGAAAGCUGAAGGAGAUUGUGUAUCCAAGCAUCCAGGAGUCAAACUGGCUUUCUAAUUUGGAGUCUACUCACUGGCUGGAACAUAUCAAGCUCAUUCUUGCAGGUGCCCUUAGGAUUGCUGACAAAGUUGAAUCUGGAAAAACAUCUGUGGUUGUCCACUGCAGUGAUGGAUGGGACCGUACGGCACAGCUCACCUCUUUAGCAAUGCUUAUGCUUGAUGGCUACUACAGGACCAUAAAAGGAUUUGAAGUGCUUGUGGAAAAGGAGUGGCUGAGCUUUGGACACAGAUUCCAACUUAGAAUUGGCUAUGGGGAUAAAAACCAUGCUGAUGCCGACAAGUCUCCAGUAUUCUUGCAGUUUAUUGACUGUGUGUGGCAAAUGACCAGACAGUUCCCUCAUGCAUUUGAAUUCAAUGAAUACUUUCUGCUUAUGAUUCUCGACCAUCUUUAUAGCUGUUUGUUUGGAACGUUCCUUUGUAACAGCGAGCAACAGAGAUUAAAGGAGGGGAUUCUAAAAGGCACCAUGUCCUUGUGGUCCUUUAUAAACUCCCAACUAGAAGAUUUCACUAAUCCGCUGUACGUAAAUUACUCCAACCAUGUCCUGUAUCCCGUGGCCAAUACAAGACAUCUGGAGCUCUGGGUAGGAUAUUAUAUAAGGUGGAAUCCAAGGACAAAACCACAGGAGCCCCUCAACAAUCGAUUCAAAGACCUUCUAUCCAAGCGUGCAGAGCUCCAGAAAAAGUUGGAAGACCUUAAGCGAGAACUUGGCAAUCGCUCUUCUUCAACAGAGAGAGGUGGCUCCCCUCAUUCUGCUACUACCAUUCAGACAGUUGUAUAGUCAUUGCCUUAAUUUGCAUUACAUUUAUGUUUCAAUUGUAUUUAUUUGGUAUAAAUUGCUUUGAAGAACACAA